UGUGAUCCGCCUGAUCAUGCAGUACCUGAAGGAGAACAGCUUGCACCGAGCCCUUGCCACCCUUCAGGAGGAAACUACUGUGUCCCUCAACACCGUGGACAGUAUUGAAAGCUUUGUGGCAGACAUCAACAGUGGGCACUGGGACACGGUGCUGCAAGCCAUACAGUCACUGAAGCUGCCUGACAAGACCCUCAUUGAUCUCUAUGAGCAGGUUGUGCUGGAGUUGAUAGAGCUCCGGGAACUAGGUGCUGCCAGAUCUCUCCUGAGACAAACAGAUCCCAUGAUUAUGCUAAAACAAACUCAGCCGGAGCGGUAUAUCCACCUUGAAAACCUUCUGGCCAGAUCUUACUUUGAUCCUCGUGAGGCUUACCCAGAUGGAAGCAGCAAAGAGAAGCGGAGAGCUGCUAUUGCACAAGCUUUAGCUGGAGAAGUCAGUGUGGUACCUCCCUCUCGUCUCAUGGCACUGCUGGGGCAGGCACUGAAAUGGCAGCAGCAUCAGGGCCUGCUUCCUCCUGGUAUGACAAUUGACUUGUUCAGAGGCAAAGCAGCUGUGAAAGAUGUAGAAGAAGAAAAGUUCCCCACACAGCUGAGCAGACAUAUUAAGUUCGGGCAGAAGUCACAUGUGGAGUGUGCUCGGUUUUCUCCAGAUGGACAGUAUCUCGUUACUGGCUCUGUUGAUGGUUUCAUUGAAGUGUGGAACUUCACUACUGGAAAGAUUAGGAAGGAUCUGAAGUACCAGGCCCAAGAUAAUUUUAUGAUGAUGGAUGAUGCAGUGCUGUGCAUGUGCUUCAGCAGAGAUACAGAAAUGCUAGCAACUGGAGCACAAGAUGGAAAAAUCAAGGUUUGGAAAAUUCAGAGUGGUCAGUGUCUGAGAAGAUUUGAACGAGCACACAGCAAAGGCGUUACGUGCCUCAGCUUCUCUAAAGACAGCAGCCAAAUUCUGAGUGCUUCAUUUGAUCAGACAAUCAGGAUUCAUGGUUUAAAAUCUGGGAAAACUUUAAAGGAAUUCCGUGGUCAUUCUUCCUUCGUCAAUGAAGCUACUUUUACCCAGGAUGGCCAUUAUAUUAUUAGUGCAUCCUCUGAUGGCACAGUGAAGGUUUGGAAUGUGAAGACGACAGAAUGCUCCAACACCUUCAAAUCUCUUGGCAGCACUGCUGGGACAGACAUUACUGUGAAUAGUGUCAUUCUGCUCCCUAAAAACCCAGAACACUUCGUUGUUUGCAACAGAUCAAAUACAGUCGUCAUUAUGAAUAUGCAAGGACAAAUCGUAAGAAGCUUUAGCUCUGGUAAGAGAGAAGGUGGUGACUUUGUCUGCUGUGCACUUUCACCUCGUGGUGAAUGGAUCUACUGUGUUGGUGAAGACUUUGUGCUCUAUUGCUUUAGCACAGUGACCGGCAAGCUGGAGAGAACUCUGACUGUUCAUGAAAAAGAUGUCAUUGGCAUUGCUCACCACCCCCACCAGAACCUGAUUGCUACUUACAGUGAAGAUGGCCUCCUCAAGCUCUGGAAGCCAUAGCUUGAUUUUGCAACAAGCUAUUAAGUGUACCUGUUAAUUGCAGGUUAUUGGUGUUUGUGCUUUAACAAGGUCUUAAUGCACAGAGUGUGAUAUUUGCUCCAUUUUCAGUUCAGUUUUCCAGAGAAUGACGUUUUUACUUCUUGGUCUAAAUUUAGGUAGAUUGAUGCUUAAAUAUAGCAUCAGUUAAUUUCAGAUACUUUUUAUUUUUACCAGAGUAGCCGAAGCAACUUCAGUGAGUGUUUUUUCUGUCUCCUGAAGUCUGUACUCUUCCUACAGUGUUUAUAAUUGAAUGAGCUAGGAACU